GCGCCCCUCAAUCUCGGCGGUCAACGCCCACCGGGAGGACGGCAUCUGAUUUCGAUCGCCAUUUAUUUACCCCGCUACCUCGCAUCCACCAUCAUCCAUCACCUCACCUCACCUCACCCAGCGGCGGCGAACGGAGAUGCCAAGGCACUCUGCGGCUUCCCCUAUUUAUACGGCACUCGCUCGCCUCGCCAAUUUCAACAGCGGCCGCCGCGUCCUCCUCGCCUCCAGAAAGACGAGCUCCAGCUCUGCUAGAAGUAGCGCCAAGACCAGACCUUUUCUGUGCCUCGCCGUGUUGCUCCUGCUGAUUCUUGUUGUGACCGCCGUCUUCUUGUUCCCACCAGCCAUCAUGUCUUCGUCUUCCUCGUCGGCGGCGGCGGCCGCGUCCGUGCCGUUUCAGAGCCCGAGGAAGGUGGUGAAGAAGGUGCUGUCCUUGUCCCAGUCCGAGGGCCAGGGCGCCACCGUCCGCCGGAGCAUCGGCGGGCACGAGGUCCGGAACCUGGACCCGUUCCUCCUGCUCGACGAGUUCUCCGUCUCCAAGCCCGCUGGAUUCCCCGACCACCCCCACCGGGGCUUCGAGACCGUCACCUACAUGCUCGAUGGGGUGUUCACCCACCAGGACUUCUCCGGACACACGGGCACCAUCAGGACCGGAGAUGUGCAGUGGAUGACGGCGGGGCGCGGCAUCGUGCACUCAGAGAUGCCUGCGGCGGACGGAGUGCAGAAGGGCCUGCAGCUCUGGAUCAACCUUGCCUCCAAGGACAAGAUGAUCGAGCCACGGUACCAGGAGCUCGAGAGCAAGGACAUCAGCCAGGCCGAGAAGGACGGCGUGGCGGUGCGGAUCAUCGCUGGGGAGGCCUUCGGGGUACGGUCACCGGUCUACACGCGGACGCCAACCAUGUACAUGGACUUCACAAUGCAACCAGGGUCGCAGCUCCACCAGCCAAUCCCUGAGGGCUGGAACGCCUUCGUGUACAUCAUCGAGGGGGAGGGCGUGUUCGGUAAGGAGGGUGCAGCGCCGGCGAGCGCGCACCACUGCCUCGUGCUUGGCGCGGGGGAUGGGCUCAGCGUCUGGAAUCGGUCCGGCGCACCGCUGCGGUUCGCGCUGGCGGCAGGGCAGCCGCUGAACGAGCCGGUGGUGCAGCAGGGGCCCUUCGUCAUGAACUCGCGUGCCCAGAUCCAGCAGGCCAUGGAGGACUACUACUACGGCCGCAACGGUUUCGAGAAGGCCAGCCAGUGGAGCUCCACCUGAUUCUCAUCGGUGUCUCGCCGUGAUGAUGAUCAACAUCGCGGAGCAUUGUCGUGCAAAACAUUGGGAAGGAAAGGGAAAUUGCAUUGUACCAUUAUAUUGAUGCCUUUGUGUAGAAUGUAGUAGUAGUCUUGUUUUUCUUUGAUUCUUUUUUUUACUUGUUUAUAAAAGAAUCUGAUGCAAUAAAAGUGUGUAAUGAGGAGGAACUUAUUAAUGAUUGUUUCAUCAUAAAAGAGCAAAAUGUUCAUCAUA